AACCCUCGGAGACUGACAUCUCCACCCCCACCUCCGAAGCCAUAGACAAGAAAAGAAAAUUGUAGGGAGAGCAAACCCAGAGGCCUUCAGCUGCGCGGAUGUUUGUCAGGAUGUUGGAGCCCCGUGUUCUGCUGCUAAUUGCCCUGGUGGGGAAAUCAGCCAUUGGGUUCCUGCUGAUGCCCUUCAUUGCGCCCCCAGACCCAGAUUGGACCCUUGAGGACUAUUACUACAGCUACGAGCAGUCCAGUCCAGACGAAGGCUCCAGCGUCACGCCAAGCUCUCCUGAGAACCCGGACUGGUAUUAUGAAGAUGACGAUCCGUGCCAGUCCAACCCCUGUGAACACGGUGGGGACUGUAUCAUCAGAGGGGAUACCUUCAGUUGCAACUGCCCGGCCCCCUUCUCAGGGAGCCGGUGUCAGACUGCACAAAACAAGUGCAAGGACAACCCAUGUGUCAAGGGCGAAUGCCUCAUUACCCAAGAGCCUCCCUACUACCGCUGUACCUGCAAAUACCCUGCCACGGGGCCGGCCUGCACCAAAGUGCUUCCAGUGUGCAAACCAAAUCCUUGCCAGAAUGGCGGUGUCUGCUCCCGACACAGACGGAGGUCCAGGUUUAGCUGUGUCUGUCCAGACCAGUACAGAGGGAGAUUCUGUGAAAUAGGUCCGGAUGACUGCUAUGUCGGCGAUGGCUACUCUUACCGCGGCAAAGUGAGUAAGACAGUCUACGGGAACCCAUGCCUUUACUGGAACUCCCACCUCCUCUUGCAGGAGAAUUACAACACGUUUAUGGAGGACGCUGAGACCCAUGGGAUCGCAGAUCACAACUUUUGCAGAAACCCAGAUGGAGACCAAAUGCCCUGGUGUUUCGUGAAGGUGAACAGUGACAAGGUGAAAUGGGAAUACUGUGAUAUCCCGGUCUGUCCAGUGCCAGACACUCCCGACGCAGUGGGAAGCCUUGUGGAGCCUGUGAUGGAGCUGCCAGGGUUCGACUCCUGCGGGAAGACAGAGAUGGCUGAGCGCACAGUCAAGCGAAUCUACGGGGGCUUUAAAAGCACAGCGGGAAAGCACCCAUGGCAGGUGUCCUUGCAGACCUCUCUGCCGCUGGCCACUUCCAUGCCCCAAGGUCACUUCUGUGGGGGUUCCCUGAUUCAUCCGUGCUGGGUGCUCACUGCCGCCCACUGUACUGACAUAAACAUCAAGCAUCUAAAAGUCGUGCUAGGGGACCAGGACCUGAAGAAGACGGAGUCCCAUGAGCAGACCUUCAGGGUGGAAAAGAUACUGAGGUACAGUCAGUACAACGAAAGGGACGAGAUUCCGCACAACGACAUCGCUUUGCUCAAGUUAAAGCCGGUGGGCGGCCGCUGUGCUCUGGAGUCCAAAUAUGUGAAGACCAUAUGUUUGCCCAGUGACCCCUUCCCCUCUGGAACUGAAUGCCAUAUCUCUGGCUGGGGUGUGACGGAAACAGGGGAAGGGUCCCGCCAGCUCCUGGAUGCUAAAGUCAAGCUGAUUGCUAACCCUCUGUGCAACUCCCGCCAACUCUAUGACCGUACAAUUGAUGACAGUAUGAUUUGUGCAGGAAACCUUCAGAAGCCUGGAUCAGACACCUGCCAGGGUGACUCAGGGGGACCCCUAACCUGUGAAAAGGAUGGCACUUACUAUGUCUAUGGGAUUGUAAGCUGGGGCCAGGAAUGUGGGAAGAAGCCAGGAGUCUACACUCAAGUCACCAAGUUCCUGAAGUGGAUAAAGACCACCAUGAACAGGGAGGCUGGCCUCUGAAGCACUGCCUGUGGAGCCUUGAAGUCCCUCUCCGUUAGCACCAGACAAGAGGAGCUUCCUGGGCAGUGAGGCAUGCCCUGGGGCCGUGCUCUGGACAAAGACACUGCGGCCCAGCCUGGGCCUUUCCAGACUGAUACUUGGGCCAUUUCAUGAGGCCCACUCUGUCCCCCUCCUUCUGGGAACCAACAAGACAUACACUAACUUUGCUCCCCUUCUGACAAGU